AUGCGUAUCGAAAGAUGUUAUUUUUGUUCUUCUCCGUGUUAUCCGGGGCACGGAACAACUUUCGUAAGGAACGAUAAUAAGGUAUUUCGUUUUUGUCGAGGCAAAUGUCACAAAGCAUUUAACAAGAAACGAAACCCACGUAAAGUUCGCUGGACAAAAGCAUUUAGAAAAUGUUCUGGCAAAGAACUUACAGUCGAUCCGGUGUACGAAUUAGAGAAACGUAGAAAUAUUCCUAUAAAAUAUGAAAGGGAAUUAAUGAAAAAAACUAUUGCUGGCAUGAAAAGGAUACACGAGCUACGUGUUAAACGAGAGGCACAGUACAUCAAGGAACGAUUAACCAAAGGCAAAGAAUUAAGAAAGAAGGAUGACAUCAGAGAGGUCACCAAAUGCAUCCACCUCAUCAAAUCUCCAGCUGUUGCUUUUAAAAUUAACAAACAGGACCAGCACCUGAGCCGCCAAUGCGAGACCACCACCACUACAAAGAUGCAGCAAGGGGGUCCAGUGAUGGGCGUUCGAGACACGAGUCUCUCAUGA